AUGGAUGAGUCGACUGAUAUUGCUGGACUGGUCAUCUUGCUGGUAAUUGUACGAUAUCCAUAUACAGUGCACGCUCUCAAUAGGGCCGCUACGAGACAAGAGGGACAGCGAUUUUCCAGGAAACGGAGGCCACCCACCAGUCACCAUCGAUUGUCCAUGUACGCAUCGCUGCCAACUAACACUACCGGAGAAUAAAUUUUUAACACGAUUAACGAAUUUUUUUGAAUCAACUAUCUCGAUUGGAAUGAUUGUUUUAAUAUUUGUACCGAUGGGACCAAGGCGUUGACGGGUAAAACCGCAGGAGUGGCAUCACACUAUAUGUAUAUGUUGUUUGACAGGAUAAUGCCUGUGUGUUUGCUUAGUUAA